AUGGCCACGAGGCGUCGAAACAUGCAGAAAUCACAGCAGAACGCAUCACCGCCUGAACAGGAGGCAAAAAAGGCAAAAGGUUGCAAAGAUCUUUCCUCAGUCUUCCUCCUAACCGGGCUUUACAUUCUACAGGGCAUUCCUCUGGGAAUAGCUUCUGCAGUUCCCUUUCUGCUUCAGUCUGAUGAGCACACUGCGAGUUACCGCUAUCAGGCCAUCUUUUCUUGGGUUUUCUGGCCCUUCUCCCUCAAACUUGCCUGGGCACCGUUUGUCGAUGCUCUCUACAUUCCAAGCCUGGGUAGACGCAAGACCUGGCUUUUGCCGAUUCAGUAUGCUCUGGGCAUCGAUUUCUGCGUCCUCGGUGGCAACGUGGAUCGAUGGCUUGGCCGGCGUGAGGGCGACCACUGGGGUCCCCUGGGAGUGGCCGGAGCAGUGCAAAUUUGGCCUCUCACGUCUGCUUUCUUUGGGCUUACUCUACUGGCAGCGACACAGGAUAUUGUGGUUGAUGGAUGGGCGCUAACAAUGCUCUCUGAGGAGAACUUGGGCUGGGCGUCAACGUGUAAUUCAGUUGGCCAGAGCAUGGGCUACAUUCUUGGAUUCAUUGUCUUCUUGGCUCUUGAGUCCCCCUCCGUCUGCAAUAGCUACUUUCGCACUGUGCCCGUCCCAGAUAAGGGAAUAGUCAGCUUUUCUGGUUUCCUCUAUAUUUGUGGGGCUGUUUUCAUAGUAUCGACCACUCUAGUGGCCCUCUUCAAGCGGGAGAGGGAGGCAAUAAUAUUUGAGGAUGCAGUUCAGUCAUCACAACAGUCAAGAAAUAACGUUGAGGUGUUUGGUGACAGCAUUGAAAACGAGUUGCGAUGUCCCCUCCUUUCGACUGAGGACGGGGAGCUGGAAAUCUUGCCUCAAACGAUGGCAAUAGAGGGAGCCUCUGAGACGCCAAAGACAGCGACGUCGAAAUGUCUUUCCAUCUGGGACACGUACUGUGUCAUGCUGAGAAUCCUGCGAUUGCGGCCAGUGCUUCGUUAUAUAGCCUUUGUGUUUAUUGUCAAGUUCGUCUUCUCAGCGUCGGAUAGCAUCUUUGGCUUGAAGAUGUUGGAACAUGGCGUGUCGAAGGAGCGAAUGGCACUGAUUGGUUCUGCAGUGUUGCCUGUGCAAGCCCUUCUGCCGCUUUGCGUUACAUAUUGGAGCAAUGGUCCGCGUCCUCUAGGCGUCUUUCUCGACGCCGCGGUACCCAGGGCUUUGAUCUCGCUAUCGGCCGUUGUGAUCGUACACUUUGUAGACUACUUCAGAGUUACCCCCAUCGAGACACUGAGUCAUCUCAGGGACCCCACAACCACCACUUCUUCCUUCUCUACCAGUUUUUACAUCAUUCUAGUAACUCAGUUUAUCGUUUAUGCGGUCUUUGCGGACACGAUGUUCGUCUGUCAGAUGGCUUUCCACGCUCGCGUUGCAGAUCCAUCUAUUGGUGGGACCUAUAUGACGCUUCUCAACACUGCUGCGAAUCUUGUGUACACCAUGCAGUGCCACCUUGGUGGUGGCAUCUCAUGUUGUCAGCAACAAGCACUUUCCAGCUCUGGAAUAGAGAACAAAGAAGGCGGCGCCAUUUCCGGCCAGACUGUUGCUCUGCCGUCCACUCUGAUGCUCUUCCUUGUGGAUCCUCUGACGCGGCGUUCUUGUGACAACGCAUCAAUGAAGGAGGCGAUGGCUGUUGUAAUGUCAGCUAACAAUCAUACAACACGAGAAGAUAUGCAACACCUCGCAGAAGACUUCCUAUUAUCCAACGCCACCUGCAAGAAUCUCCCUGGCGUGGAAGCCUGCCAGAUGGUGGGAGGUACGUGUCGAACCAUCGUGGACGGCUUUUACAUUGAAGUUGGAUUUUGUUUACUGGUUGGACUGGUAUCCUAUUUCACGGUACUGCGUCACAUGGCCUCAACUCUGGACGCUACACCUCUUUCCGCCUACCGACUUCGUAGAAAGGCGACAAAUCCUGACGGUCAGGUGGCCGCCAUUCGGACCUGA